UGUAGUUUUAUAGCAUCCACCUACUGAUAAGGCGGCGUUUCUUCAGCGAGUCUCUCUUUCUCUGAAGCCAGCAAGUGAGUUAUGGUGCUCUGCACGCUCUAAGCAGCUGCAGCCUCUUUACACGAGGUCCUCACAGGUUAGAGAAUCCCCGCGGGAAGACAUGGAGCUCGGCUGUCUCUCCUUCCGCCAGCCCUACGCAGGGCUGCUAUUAAACGGACUCAAGACUGUGGAAACACGUUGGCGCCCUCUGCUGGCUGACUACAGGAACAGCACCUUGGCUGUACACAUUGCUGUCAGAGACUGGGAGCAGCAGGACUGGAGGGAGGUCCUGCAGGACAGGCUUGGGAUGGCAGCUGUCCAGGUGCAGCAGCUGCUACAUCAAGGGGAGCAGUUCGGCAGGGGAGUCAUUGCAGGACUUAUUGACAUAGGCGAUACCUGGCAGCUGACCGAUGAUGUCACCAGCGAGGAUAUCACUGAACUUGAGAACAAAGCCCUGUUAACCGGACUGCAAGGCAAAUACCUCACAGUCGUUUCCAACGCCAGGUGGUUAUUGAAGCCGAUUCCAGCAAGAGGUGGAAAAGACGUUUGGCAGGUGACCAUACCCGAGGAAUUCAUUCCCUGUUGAAUGAAUGGAAAGACAUUGGGGACAUGGACCUGGAGGCAGCGCACGGUGAAUGCAUGUGCGAGUCUCGUCUCCUUCUGCCAGCGAUUCUUCCUAAUCAAGAGUAUUACGAUAUACAGUCAGUGCAACGUCUGACGGCAAUAAACGCAUUUUAUAUAAAACCAUA